ACUAAAAAUCUCAAAGCCCACUUAGCAGCCCAGUCCAAAAAACACAAAUUGAAAACCCUAUGACGAAAGAACCCUGAAUUCACUUCUCUAGUUUGGAUUCAAGAAAGUUGAGGCAACAAGAAGGAAAAGGAAAAACAUUACAAGUUGUCAAAUUAAAUUUCUUCUUCUCUCUCUGGAAUCGCAAUCACCGAUCGCACCAAAUCGCGUCGUCGCCGGAGUCUACAGAUUUUCUUGUUUUGCAAUUAAUUUGGAAAAAUGAGCGGUGCCGGGGAGAAACUGUCGGGCACGAAAACUCCGGCAGAUUUUCUGAAAUCUAUACGUGGACGACCCGUGGUUGUCAAAUUGAACUCCGGUGUCGAUUAUAGAGGUAUCCUUGCAUGUCUGGAUGGAUACAUGAAUAUUGCAAUGGAACAAACAGAGGAGUAUGUGAAUGGUCAGUUGAAGAACAAAUAUGGAGAUGCCUUCAUCAGAGGAAAUAAUGUACUCUACAUCAGCACAUCGAAGGGAACCUUGGCAGAAGGAGCUUAGCAUAUUGUGAUCUCUCGCUCUAUUGUAACCGUGACUUGGCCCAGAAAAGUUUCUGCAAAUUACCGCAGCAUCUGUAAUAUGUAUACAUAACCAUAACAUCCUUUUGAGAUGUAGAUGUGGUUGAAUUUGUUUGCUGAUUAUUUUGAAAUGUGGAAUGGUUACAGAUUCUCUCCUAA